UCCCGCGUAAGUAAACCGCCAUCUUGUAGCGCCUUGGAGGUGAAGAGCACCAGAUAUGUCCGACUACAGCAGCGUGGCUCCUCCGUCGUCUGGUGGCGGGAUGAAUGAUGCUUUUAAGGACGCGCUUCAGCGGGCGCGACAGACUUCCGGAGACGAGAGCAGCACAAGGCCACAGCAUAUCGCAGCGAAAAUAGGCGGCGAUGGAGUUGCAGCACCCCCAUCGGGGGAUUUCGGCUACGGGGGGCAGAAAAGGUCCUUGGAGGAUGCUGGUGGGUAUUUACCAAUGCCUAACCUGAAUAUCGACCAACCAGAGACGAAGAAAGUGGCAACCAAUGAUGCUUUUUCUGCCAUGGGAGGAAUGGGUGGCGCCUCAAGGGCAGUGUCCGAAGAGUACAAAGUUCCCGAUGGAAUGGUUGGCUUCAUUAUUGGAAGAGGCGGCGAACAAAUAUCACGUCUGCAGCAGGAGUCUGGAUGCAAAAUACAGAUCGCUCCUGGUACGUUUGGAUUUGAUCCAUUCACUGAAACUGAACAGUAUCUUGUUUUUACAUGUUCAAAUUACUGCUUUAUAGACAGUGGAGGGAUGCCUGAUAGGUCAGUGAACUUGACAGGACCACCAGAAUCCAUCCAGACGGCAAAGAGGUUGCUCCAGGAGAUUGUUGAGAAGGGACGGCCAUCCCCAGCAUUCCACCACAAUGACGGCCCAGGCAUGACAGUUCAGGAGAUUAUGGUCCCUUCCACUAAAGCCGGCCUGGUCAUUGGGAAGGGAGGCGAGACAAUCAAGAGCCUUCAGGAAAGAGCUGGAGUAAAGAUGGUCAUGAUCCAAGAUGGUCCCCAAAACACAGGCGCAGACAAACCCCUUCGUAUUUCGGGAGAGCCAUUCAAAGUUCAGCAAGCUAAAGAGAUGGUGAUGGAGCUGAUCAGAGACCAGGGCUUCAGAGAGCAGAGGGGCGAGUAUGGCUCCAGGGUCGGAGGUGGUGGAGGAGGAGGAGGCGGCGGUGGAGGAGGAGGAGGCGGUGGUGGCGGCGGGGGAGGAGGAGGAGGGGACGGCUUGGACGUUCCUGUUCCCCGGUUUGCAGUUGGAAUUGUCAUUGGUAGAAAUGGAGAGAUGAUCAAGAAAAUACAGAGUGAUACUGGGGUCAGGAUCCAGUUUAAACCAGAUGAUGGCAGUGCACCAGACAGGAUAGCACAGAUCAUGGGUCCUCCUGACCAGGCCCAACACGCAGCAGAAAUCAUUACCGACUUGCUGAGGAGCGUCCAGUCUGGAGGUGGUCCUGGUCACGGUGGCGGAAGAGGCCGUGGUCGUGGGCAGGGCAAUUGGAACAUGGGUCCCCCUGGUGGCCUGCAGGAGUUUACUUUUACCGUUCCAACCAUGAAGACUGGCCUCAUUAUUGGGAAAGGCGGUGAGACCAUUAAAGGCAUCAGCCAACAGUCCGGAGCAAGGAUUGAGCUGCAGAGGAACCCCCCUCCAAACUCUGAUCCGAACGUAAAAAUGUUUACAGUCAGAGGCUCCCCCCAGCAGAUCGACUAUGCCAGACAGCUGGUAGAAGAAAAAAUUGGGGGACCCGUCACUCCAAUGGGUGGCCCACAUGGUCCCCCUGGUCCACAUGGAGGUCCAGGUCCACAUGGUCCUCCUGGACCACCAGGACCCCCAGGAGCUCCCAUGGGCCCAUACAACCCUGGACCUUUCAACCAGGGACCCCCAGGACCACAUGGUCCCCCAGCACCUUACCAGCCUCAGGGGUGGGGCAAUGGUUACCCCCACUGGCAACAGGGACAGCCUGACCCAAGUUCAGACAAAGCAGCAGCUGAUGCCAAUGCUGCUGCGUGGGCUGCUUACUAUGCCCAGUAUGGACAACAACCGCAGGCUCCAAUGACCCCCACCAGCGGAGCACCAGGCGCUACUCAGUCCAAUGGUCAAGGUCAACAGCCUCAACAGCCUCAAGACUACACUAAAGCUUGGGAGGAGUACUAUAAGAAACAAGGUCAAGCUGCUCCUCAGGCAGCGGCGCCAGCCACUGCGGCACCGGCCGCCCAGGCCGGCGGCCAACCCGACUACAGCGCCGCCUGGGCUGAGUACUACCGGCAGCAGGCGGCCUAUUAUGGCACAGGCAACCCUCAGAACAUGGGUGCAGCGCCACAAGCCCCUCAGGACAUUACAGGGUUCCAGUGAGUGCCGAUCCAGCGUCGUUUAACCAAACCAUUCCUUUCUGAACAGGAUUUGCUGUUUAUUUUGGGAGUCUACUGUUUUCGCUGUUAACAUGCAAUGUAUCUUCUAUGUAUUUCUCCUGCACAGGGCCAGUAAUGUGAAGUGGACAUAAAGUAAAUGCUUCAUUGUCGAAAACAAAUCCUUUGUUAAAUGUUUGGAUGCAGACGCCUUGAUGAAGAUCUUAAAUUUCCUUGGUUUGAAAGUGUUUCACAUAGAUGGCAGAUUACCCGCCGAGCACAUUCUCCAUUUUGUUUUUCUUUUUCUUUUGUAAAUGCUUUGUUUUUAGUGAGUUAACUCUUCAUAUGGUCAUUCCAGCCCUGUAUCUACAUUAAAUGUGGUUAGAAGUCAUGUUUAUUAUUAAACUGUAGACAUUACCAUGUAAAUCAUCUCAGUUUUAAAAAAAAUGCUAUUGCCUGUUUUUGCAAUAAAACUAACUGAAACCUCCUGUGUGGGUAAGUUGGGAAGCAUCUUAGAGAAAAGGGGGUUAUAUUUCUUAUUUUAGGGGCGUGGCGCUAGAAUGGUUAAGCAGGCCGUGUGUGGGUUUCAAUGUGAUUGACACAAAGUGAUACUGUCCUGUUUCUCUCCAACUGUCUGUAAGACACUCCAUGGGUUCUUGUUGAUUCUCCUCUUACCCUUGCUGUUUGCUUCCAUGCUUUGACUUUAUGCUGUAGCCAGACAUCAGAACAGAAAGUGAUUUGUUACAUGAACUACUGCGCAGUGGCACGCUUUGUUGACAUGGUGGAAAUCGUAUGCACUGUUUGUUUUGCCCUUAUAUAGACACUUCCUCCCCCACAGGCAAGUGUAGACAAGUGGUAAGCAAGUAUUAUUAUUUUUAUGUCCAUUUGUUGCUCAGCGAAAAAACAUGUUGCCUAAUUAGUGUCCCUAUUUUGUGUGCACACUGUUCUUCUUCUAGGACAGUCAGGUACAUUUUGCCGCUGUAUGACAUUGAUGCAUUGAAACGUUUUGUCGACUGUAACCUAAUUACGCUUUCUCUGACAAAUGUUUUGAUAAAAAGAAUGCACAAAAGGAAUGAAUUUUGCUGUGCCACUGUUAGUCUAAUAUGAGAUCUGGAGGCUCGCAGUCUUCAUCCAAGUUGAGCCUUCCCGUCCUGUAAGUACAAAAUUAUUGAUGCUCGCAAAGUAUAUCAAUAUAUAAGUUUAUUUAAUGUCAAAUCUUGCCAUUUCCCUUUUUGUCUUGGGUAAGUAUCCAAUGUUCCAAAGCGCUGCGUGAGAAUUGACUCAAAUGGUCGAGACGUUGAAUUGAUCACUUUUGUGUCGGCCGGUUUUUUUGGUAGUGGUUCAUCGGUUGUUGACUUGACUGUCCUUUUUUAAAUCUCCCUGUGCCCCUUUUUUUUUUUUUUCUAUUUCGAACAUAGAUGUCACUCAGUGCGAAGAUGAAAUAUCACGGCAUAGCAUGUUUCUAGCCUUCUCUCUUUGCUAAUGUUCCAUUUGAGCAUGUGAUGUUAGUCAUGGACUUGUUCGGCACAAAUGAAAGUUGUUUUUAAGAUUGAAUGAUGACCAGAUCAGAACGUAAUCAUUUUGACUGCAAAUAUAUAUAUAUAUACACAUAUAUCUGAUCUUUGCAGUGUCCCCCUUCCUCAGAUCUUGCACCUUAGGUUCUGCUGCAGUAACCCAGGUAAGCAAAGCCUAAGGAGUCAUUAGUGUUUAAAUUUGAUCUAUGCAAAGAAAUGCUCACCUUUUCAUUGCUAACUGCAAGACCUGUACGACUUGUUACAUGACUUUGUGGACUUGACUUGAGCACAAACUUGUUGGUUUUGAGGAAAUGUUACAGUAGUCUGCAUUGUUUUUUUCCCCUCUUCUCUCACUGGGUGAAAUGAACAAAAGUGCAUGUCAUGUAAAGCUGAUGGUCAGGGUUGAUACAUGAUUUAUUGCUGAUUUUUGCCUUUUCCUGAAUCAAUUGUUCUGUGGUGGUUGUCAAGUGCAGUGCCGAUGUAUUAUUUAAAUGCCUUCACUUCUCGCUCACAGUGUUGGAGGACGCUGAAGCUUUAGGUGCUAGAAUCUGUCGUAGUUUGUCCCCCCUACGCACAAAAGGAGUCAAACCCUCUGCCGAGCGUAGGCCGGGCAAGAGCUCCAGUGCUAAGGUAAAAAAAAAACAUGAAAUUGAAAUUGAAUUGUUGUGACACUAAAGUGCAAGUCAGUCAUAUUUUCUGCUUGGGUUGUUUUUAAUAAUGCUAUGAGUGAACUGAGCUGUCUUGAUUGGUUGUCAUCAUGGUUGCAAUGCUUAAGAAAGUUGGAUGAGGACAGGAACUGAACUUAAAACAUGUUUUUUUGCUAAAUAUUAGGCUAGUAUUUUAAAAUGUCCCACUCAGGCUCUGCCUUUUUUAAAAACAAAAAAAAAACAACUUUCCUGAUGUGGGAGGGAAUGAGGGAUAAGAGAAAGCAUGCAUUGGGAAGUAAAAAAAAAAUCUUGUUUUGUGUAUAUUCACACUACUGUUGAUUCUUGUUCACUAAUAAAGGUGUGACAAAUAA